CAGUGCGCCCCGCCUGGCGAUUAUGCGAUCAAGACCAAGGUGAGGGCCGCCAGAGAGUCCUUUUGCUGCCACUCAGAGUGGGGGGCGGCUCCCCUCUACCGCCGGCCGGCUGCUAUGUUCUGCUACCCAGACGGGCUAGGGGCCGCCUUCUCGGCCUUGCUGGUGGCGGCGCUGGCCCUGACCCGGAGUGCGGCGGUCUCCUGCCUGCUGACCGGCGGCCUCUACUUGGUGCUGCGCCUCUUGAGCCUCGAACCCGUCGCCCCUCAGCGAGCCCAGCUCGUCGUGCAGCCGCGCGGGAACUCCUCGCGCAUCGCCCAUCGCGGCGGCGCGCACGAUGCGCCCGAGAACACGCUCGCUGCCAUCAGACAGGCAGCUGACAAUGGCGCUACAGGGGUGGAACUUGACCUUGAAUUCACUGCUGAUGGCAUUCCUAUCCUGAUGCAUGACGACACAGUAGACAGGACCACUGAUGGGUCUGGAAGUUUACGUGAUUUGACAUUUGCUGAGAUUAGAAAAUUUAAUCCGGCUGCUAAACAUAGAUUAUGGCAUCCUGACAAGCCAGUUUUUGGCUUAUUUCCUAGUGGCACGGGAGCAGAGGAGGAGUGGAGCAAGAACUUUUCAGCAGCACGCAUUAGCACACUGCUUAUGAAACGAGCUGAUAGGAAUGUUAUAACAGCUCUGACCCACAGACCAUGGAGUUUUAGUCACUUUGGAGAUGGGACGCCUCGCUUUGAGUCCUAUUGGAAACACCAUUUUAUGAUGGUACUGGAUGUCAUUAUGGAUUGGAGCAUGCACAACUUCCUGUGGCACUUAUGUGGAGCCUCAGUUUUUCUGGUGCAGAAAAACUUUGUUUCACAGGAGUAUGUGAAACAGUGGUCUUCCAAAGGAGUUCAAGUUGUGGCUUGGACGGUGAACACGUUAGCUGAAAAAAUGUACUAUGAAAAUGUUCUCCAGGCCAGCUAUAUCACUGACAGCUUACUGGAGGACUGUGAUCCUCACUUCUAGUGUUCAGCCUUUUCUGGAUUGUUUAGUGUUUGCUUCUUUAAGCAAAUUGAAGUUUGUCAGCAAAGGAGCUUCAAGGAUUCAUAUUAUCAAUGGUGCAUUAUUCUCUUGGACUAAAUUAUUACAAUCCAUAUUACAUCCAGAUAUUUCUGUUCAUCAUGCUGGAUUGAAUCAGUUUGAAUACAAGCAAGAACUGGAGUUCUUGAUAAGAAAUGGCUGCAGUCCUUUUUUAAAAAAACAUCAGGUUGGUUUAAGACAGGUGUGAGGCUUGCAGAGGAGUUACACUUUUUUUCUAAAUUAAGCUGCUUUUUUGGACUAAAUCUUGAUAUUAGGCCUUUGUGAAUCACUGACAUGACUUGAAACAUUUGUUCGUCUGUACUUAAAAAGGAAUAGUAAGAGAGGGAGAUGCUUACUAUUGCAUAUACUUCCUCCUUGCCUAAUUCUGAAAUCCAGGGACUGUGUAUGAAAAUAUAUUAUUAUUAUUAUUAUUUAUUAAAUUUAUAUACCGCCCGACUAGCAAUAGCUCUCUGGGCGGUGAACAUAGAAAUACAAUAACAUAGGAAAUACAAUAAAUGACACAAUAUAAUACAAAAUAAUACAGUCUAAAAUCAAUACAAUAACAUUUUAAAAAUUAAAUCAAAUUAGAUUAAAAUGCUUCGGAGAAUAGGAAGGUUUUAACCUGGCGCUGAAAAGAGAGCAGAGUCGGCGCCAGGCACACUUCCUCGGGGGAACUGUUCCAUAGUUCGGGGGCCACCACUGAGAAGGCCCUAGAUCUUGUCACCACCCUCCGGGCCUCCCUAUGAGUUGGAACCUGGAGGAGGGCCUUCGUAGUAGAACGUAGUGUACGGGCCGGUUCAUAUCGGAAGAGGCGUUCCGCAAGGUAUCGUGGUCCCGCACCGUAUAAGGCUUUAUAGGUUAAUACCAACACUUUGAAUCUGGCCCGGAAACAUAUUGGCAGCCAGUGCAAGCAGGCCAGAACAGGUGUUAUAUGCUCGGACCGCUUGGUCCUUGUUAGCAGUCUGGCUGCUGCGUUUUGCACUAGCUGUAGCUUCUGAACUGUCUUCAGAGGUAGCCCUACGUAGAGCGCAUUGCAGUAAUCCAAACGCGAGUUUACCAGAGCAUGUACCACUGAUGUAAGGUCCUCUUUACUCAAAUAGGGACGUAGUUGGGCUACCAACCGAAGUUGGUAAAACGCAUUCCUUGCCACUGAGGCUACUUGAGCCUCAAGUGAGAGGGAAGAGUCUAAAAAGACUCCCAGACUACAAACCCGCUCCUUUAGGGGGAGUGUAACCCCGUCCAGGACAGGGUAUAUAUCCACCAUCCGAUCAGAGAACCCGUCCACCAACAGCAUCUCAGUCUUGUCUGGAUUGAGCUUCAGUUUGUUAACUCUCAUCCAAUCCAUUAUCGCAGCCAGGCAACGGUUCAGCACAUCGACAGCCUCACCUGAGGAAGAUGAAAAGGAGAAGUAGAGCUGCGUGUCAUCAGCAUACUGAUGACAACGCACUCCAAAACUCCUGAUGACCUCUCCCAACGGCUUCAUGUAGAUAUUAAAAAGCAGGGGGAACAAAACUGACCCCUGCGGGACUCCAUAUUGGAGAACCCACGGUGUCGAGCAAUGUUCCCUGAGCACUACCUUCUGGAGACGACCCACCAAGUAGGAGCGGAACCACUGCCAAGCAGUACCCCCAACUCCGCGAGCCUCUCCAGAAGGAUACCAUGGUCGAUGGUAUCAAAAGCCGCUGAGAGAUCAAAGAGAAUCAACAGAGUUACACUCCCUCUGUCUCUCUCCCGACAUGGCUGUCUUGGUGCCAAAACCGGGCCUAAAACCCGAUUGAAAUGGAUCUAGAUAAUCGGUUUCAUCCAAUAGCGCCUGGAGCUGGCCAGCAACCACUCGUUCCAAGACCUUGCCCAGGAAUGGAACAUUCGCCACUGGCCUGUAGCUGUUACAGUUGUCUGGGUCCAAGGAAGGCUUUUUCAGAAGUGGUCUCACCACUGCCUCUUUCAGACAGCCAGGGACCACUCCCUAUCGUAAGGAGGCAUUUAUCACUUCCUUGGCCCAGCUACCUGUUCCAUCCCUGCUAGUUUUUAUUAGCCAAGAGGGGCAAGGAUCCAGUACCGAAGUGGUUGCACGUACCUGUCCAUGCACCUUGUCCACGUCCUCGAGCUGAACCAACUGGAACUCAUCCAACAAAACAGGACAAGACUGUGCUCCGGACACCUCACUAGGAUCAACUGCUAUAACUUGAGAGUCUAAGUCCCGGCGGAUGCAUGAGAUCUUAUUCUGGAAGUGAUCAGCAAACUGAUUGCAGCGGGCCUCCGCUGAUUCCACCGUGUCCGGAGGGUUUGAAUGAAGAAGCCCCCGGACAACUCGAAAGAGCUCCGCUGGGACUUCCGGGAAGGGUGACUUAGCCUGUGCCUGCUUUUGAGACGGGCUCCUGCCUCAAAAGAAGCUUAUUCAGAUAUAUCAGUCAGUUUUUUCUUUUUUUUUUGACUGAUUAAACUUCUCCCGGGUAGGGAGAAACGAAGAGAUUAACCUCAAAGCCUAUUUUUGUUGGGACGACCAGAUCUCAUUAAUUUAUGGGACGAGGUCCAGCCGACGAAGGUGGGACGGAUUUUCAACAGCAAGCUCUAUCUGUUAAAGCGAACGUUCAUCUUAUCUUCUAAGAGAGAACGCACUAACAGGCAAGCACCCUUCUUUCUAUAUUUUUCUUUUACUUGACUUAAAUUGUUGCUGUUUAAAAGAGAUUUGCCAGAUUGAUCGGUUUUUGACAUCUCACUGGGGAGCCAUAACUUCUCUCUGCUACGCACUAAUUAAUAGCUUAUCUCUGUUUUUGUUGCAAAAAGCUGUCCUGGAUUUGCAUUCUAAAGAUACACACAGAAGAGGGAUUUCUAUUCCAGAUUUUUAUUUUGAAAAAUAUUAUACUGUUUUGAGACUACUCUCUUUUUGGUUUAUUUUAUUUUGACGAAUCUGUUUCUUGACGAUUGCCAUUAAUUGCUUCGAUCCUGGGAACUGCAUUUUGUUUACUUAACUAUUGGAGAGAUAAGGCUGUCUGCUCUGUUUAUACUGUGAUGUCACCAAGUUUGGAGUAUUAACCCAAUUGUUGCUGAAAUAAGAAGUGGUUUUCCUAUAUUUUUCUUUUAAAAUGGCAAUUAAGAAAGUGGCUGAGAAUCUGGAAAUAACUAUGUUUCAGAGAAUAAUGAAUGAGAUUGAGAUAACGAAAAUUGAAUUGAGUAAAAUGAAGCAGGAGAUUAAAGAUAUAAGGGUCCCUGUGAGAGAGGUGACCCUGGAAGGGGUCCCUGUGAGAGAGGAGACCCCGGAGAUUGGAAUAGGGGUCCCUGUGAGAGAGGAGACCCUGGAGACUGGAAUAGGGGUCCCUGUGAGAGAGGAGAUCCCGGAGAUUGGAACAAACGUGGAACAGGAACAAGAUUUGGAGUCUAUGGACUUUAGAAAUAAAAUCUAUUGUUUGGAACUCAAUG